AUAGAAAUGUAUAAAUGGAAGUCAGGAGCUGGGAAAAAAAGUAUAAAUGGAAAGUCAGAAGGACAUUUUCGUCCACAAAGACAAGAUCAAAAGUUGCAGAGAGAUGUUUGUCGUGAUCAUUUAUGUCGCUAUCAGGAGCUUUCCUCCCAAAUUACCCUUCUCUUAAGUAUUUAUAUAUCCCAUCUCCCAUGUAAGAUUUCAGUACAUUUCCCUUUCUGUACUGUAACUCACUCACACUUUGCACUGCCAUUACAAUAUAGUACUACUAUCCAACACUAAAUUGCAUUCUCGAAAUCUGUGAAAUUUCUCUACAAUGCCGGUCAAUGUCAGCGAACAGCAGAGCAAAAAUACAAUGGAUGCUGCUGUAUUACCUGAUGAAGGAGUCGUCGUUCCACGAUGUGAAUCAUAUAUAGAUUUGCCUAGCCUUUCAAGUCCAAGUUAUGUGAAAAUUCCAAUUUCUAGGGAUACCCAAUCGAGUUCCCAAAACUAUGCCAACCUAAAGAAUGAUAGCACAGAUGUUUAUUCCCCAUAUAUUUUGGAUAUAGAUAUUGAGAAAGGAAAGCCAGAGGCUCUUAAAUCCAUUGAGGAAAUGGGAGGAAAUUUGAAGACUGAGGAUUCCUUAACAAUGAUGUUGCAGAGAGAAAUUACAUCACAGAUGGCAGGGAAGCUUAUACAAUUCCUGAAUCACAGCUUUGAGUUGCCCAAUUUCACUUUUAAAGAUAAAUGGCUGGAUGACAAAAUAUGUGAUACUUCUAGCAACAGAUUGAGGAAAUACAAGCGCGCGGCAUCAUUUAAUUCAAGAAGAGUUGUUCUGCUCUUCUCUGUCCUAUCAAGCGUGGGAACGAUUAUACUGAUAUGUCUGACUCUAAGAGUUAGAAUGAUUGCGGAUGGCUCUGGUAAUGUUUGAUGUCUGCUUUUGUCGUCCAGUUUCCCUCUCAUUUGUAAAUUAAAAAAUAAAGCUUUCCUUUAAUUCUUUUGCUUCUUUUUUGAAUAUUAUUGUAAAAUAUUCUCAAUUUGUAGAAAUUAGUUUUAAAAUCUAA